UGCCACUGUACUUCCUCUGUACUACUCUUGAAAAAAAAUACCUAUAUCUCCCAUGCUUACCAGUCUUCCUGAGAAGACUUAGAGUUUCGAAGUAUUCUGAUGGAUCGUUUAAAGUAUAACGAGAAAGCAUCCUUACUAAACAACAUGGCGUCCCAUAAGCCCGUCUACAUCGCCCUUAUUGUCGUGUCGUGGCUGUUCUACAUUGGUGCCAUCAUUGCCGGGACAUCGACGAGGUUCAUUUAUGAAGCAGCUGAUGCCAAAAACGAGACGAAGAACGUUACCUAUGAUGACACCCUCAUCAACCCUGCUCCCUGGACGUUUGGAGUCGUCUGGUCAAUCAUUUUCCUCUACCAGGGCAUUUGGAUUAUAUACGUCACAGCCUCCAUCUUCCGACGUGGAAAGAUCACCAAAAGCUACGUGUACACCAUGGAAGGAAUCUGCCCUCCGCUAACUUACGUCUUCUUCAUUCUCGGCUGCGCAGGCGCAAUCGUCUGGAGCGUUGUUUUUGUCUACGAAAUUCUGCUGCCAAAUUUGUUCCCGUUGUUGUUCGCAUGGUUUUCCCUCUAUGCUGCUUUGAUCAUCUGCUACAGGGAUUCCGAGAAUCAUUUCUUGAACGUUGUCAAAGAUGGGUUGUUAGUCGACGUGGUGCUAGUCCGUGCGUUCAUUCACAAUGGACUUGCAACCUUCGCAACCUGGGUGACCUUGGCCUUCUUCGUACAGCUCUCAGUUGUUUUGAAAUACGUCACAAUGGCGGACGAGCUCGUGUCAAGCAUCGUCAUCCUUGCAGUAAUUCUCGUUUUGUUGAUCGUCUGGUUUGCAUUCAACAAUUUUGUCUUCCCGAAGUUCUGUCAGUUCACCUUCACGCCUUAUUUUGUCGUGUUGCUUGCAACUGCUGGGAUCAUUACCGAUGGUUUCGAUACAUCGAAUGCCGCCUUACUUUUUGCACUUGUCAUUCUCAUCGUUGACAUUGUGUUGCUCAUUGUUACGAUUGUUUUGGUGGUACGUCGGUUUAAGUCGAAAUCGUUGGUUGGCCUUGCUGUUCCAAGAAUCUAAUAUAGAAAUUUACCAAACUGUGUACAUGUGUUUGUGUUGCCUGUUUUAUAAGUGCAAACUGAUGCUAUCAGACAAGGUUACGGCAGUAUAGUACGGCAUGAUACAACGUUUCAUUCUGCGUGGUCUUCUCUGAGUCGUCCCGGGCCCUUUUUCUUUAUAAAAAAACAUGUCAUUGUGCAUUGAAAGUAGAGCCCGCUAGGCUGUAGACAGCUAUGCUGUGUGGUAUCAUGUAUUAUACACCAAGGACAUUUAUAUCCAUGUAUCUUUCCAUUUGAAUGACAAUCGUUGUGCAAAUGUAAAAUCGAGUUGCGUUGUCUUUUCCAAAUUAUUGGAGAGAGGUUGAGAUCAGUGAAUUAUCGCAGAUCCUUAUAAAUGUAUUU